GCGGUGCCCUGCGCAUGCGCAGAGCAGCAGCGGAGUAGGCCGAGGCGCUGCCGUUGUCGCUGCGCCCCGGUUCCCUCAGCGCCGCCGGAUCCCGCCGGGCCGCAGCGAUGAUGAUGAUGGCGCUGAGCAAAACCUUCGGGCAGAAGCCCGUUAAGUUCCAGCUGGAGGAGGACGGAGAAUUCUAUAUGAUCGGCUCCGAGGUGGGGAAUUACCUGCGUAUGUUCCGGGGCUCUCUGUACAAGAGGUAUCCCUCGCUCUGGAGACGAUUAGCCACAGUAGAAGAAAGGAAGAAGAUAGUGGCAUCUUCACAUGAAAAUCAGCGGUCUCACAGUCCAAGAAGAUAUCAUGGAUAUACAACAUUAGCCACCAGUGUGACACUGUUAAAGGCCUCUGAAGUGGAAGAGAUCUUGGAUGGAAAUGAUGAGAAAUACAAGGCAGUGUCUAUCAGCACAGAACCUCCCACCUACCUCAGAGAACAGAAGGCAAAGAGGAACAACCAAUGGGUGCCGACACUGCCCAACAGCUCUCAUCACCUGGAUGCAGUACCAUGCUCAACAACCAUUAACAGAAAUCGCAUGGGCAGGGACAAGAAGAGGACUUUCCCUCUGUGCUUUGAUGACCAUGACCCAGCAGUCAUCCAUGAGAACGCAUCCCAGCCGGAGGUUCUGGUUCCAAUCAGGCUUGAUAUGGAAAUUGAUGGACAGAAACUCAGAGAUGCAUUUACAUGGAACAUGAAUGAAAAGCUGAUGACCCCAGAAAUGUUCUCAGAGAUUCUUUGUGAUGACCUGGAUUUGAAUCCUCUGACCUUUGUCCCUGCUAUUGCCUCUGCCAUCCGACAACAGAUUGAAUCAUACCCAACUGACAGCAUCCUAGAGGAUCAGUCAGACCAGCGUGUUAUUAUUAAGCUUAACAUCCACGUAGGGAACAUCUCCCUUGUAGACCAGUUUGAAUGGGACAUGUCAGAGAAGGAGAAUUCACCAGAGAAGUUUGCCUUGAAGCUGUGCUCAGAGCUUGGCCUGGGUGGGGAGUUUGUCACUACUAUUGCCUACAGCAUCCGGGGACAGCUGAGCUGGCAUCAGAAGACAUACGCCUUCAGUGAGAACCCUUUGCCGACUGUGGAAAUCGCCAUUCGCAACACGGGGGAUGCUGACCAGUGGUGCCCUCUUCUGGAAACCCUCACAGACGCUGAGAUGGAGAAGAAGAUCAGAGAUCAGGACAGAAAUACGAGGCGCAUGAGACGCUUGGCCAACACUGCUCCAGCCUGGUAAACUUCCUCUUGUGACACUGGUGCUCUUCCUACAGACGUUGUCCCUAUUCCUCUCCCCAAAUGGAUCUAGGAUUGGCAGGGGGUCUUACCGUCCCUCAGGGGACACACGUGCCUCUUGCCAACAGUUCCCAGUACUGCUGACUUCUGCCCCAUUCCCUCAGCCUAGAGGCCACGUACCAAGAAUGCUGCAUUAGCACAUGAUCUAGCUGAGACUUGUGGCAACCGUUGGAGCCCUUAUAAUACCUGUGUGUGGACAGUGUAAAAAUACUUUUGUAUAGGUGCGACAUGCACUACUAGAACAACUUUUUAAAUAAAAGGAAUGCAUACUACUAA